ACUUCUAGUCCUCACUCACACUCUAGAGUAAGACCGAAAAGCUUCCAUCAGCAUGGCCAGAAGCUCCAGAACACAAUUUACAUCACAAUCCUUAUCCCUUGGUAGUGGUGGAGGAAGGAGCAGUGGCUUAUGGGCUGGAAGUGUCCAUGGUGGAUCAGGAGGCCGUGGGGUUUACAUCUCCCAAGCCCCUCAAUCUUUGUUGGCUUCUGGGUAUAGAACAAGUUUUGGUGGAGGCUACGGCUCUAGUGUAGGUCUUGGUUCAGGUUUCAGUGUAGGUCUUGGUUCAAGUAUUGGAGCAAGCUCUGCUGCAGUUUUAGGUACAAGCUCAGCUACACGUUUUGGUGGAGGGUAUGGAAGUAGCACUGGGCUUGGAGGUGGUGCUGCAUUCAAACUUGGAGCUGAGUUUGGAGAUGCCUUUGGAGGAGCAGAUGUUGGCAUCCUGGGCAAUGAAAAGUUCACCCUAAGGGUCCUCAAUGACCGUUUGGCCUCAUAUCUGAAGAAGGUGCAAUUGUUGGAAAAGGCCAAUGCAGAGCUUGAAUUAAAGAUCAGUGAGUUUGUGGACAGCAGGACUUCACCUACUGCACGGGACUACUCUGACUCCUUGUCUACCAUCAGUGACCUCCAAACCAAAAUCCUGGAUGCUAUUCUAUCGAAAGGUGCAAUCCAACUCAACUUUGACAAUGCCUCCUUGGCUGCUGAUGACUUCAGGAUUAAGUAUGAGAAUGAAGUGGCCAUUCGUCAGUCUGUUGAGGCUGAUAUCUCUGGGCUGAGGAGAUUGCUAGAGGAUAUCAACCUGAGCAUGAAAGAGCUUACUCUGCAUAUUGACACACUGAAAGAUGAAAAGAACUUCCUCAAGAAGACCCAUGAGGAGGAAAUGGUGUCCACACGCAGCCAGAUGAGUGGACAGAUUCAUGUGGAGGUGGAGGCACCAGAUCAAGAUCUCAACAGUAUUCUGGAAGACAUCCGUGAUCACUAUGAGACUGUGGCUGCCAAGAACCGGAGAGAGCUUGAGGGCUGGUUCAAGGGCAAGUUGGAGACUCUGAAACAAGAGGUUGCUACCGGCGCACAGACCAUAGCAUCCUCCAAAACAGAAAUGACCACAGAGAAAACUAAAGUACAGAGCCUGGAACUCGAGCUCCAGUCUGUUUUGGCUGUGAAAACAUCCUUGGGAGCGAAACUGCAUGAGACACAGGCUUUCUACAGUGCACACCUGUCAGGAUAUCAACUGCAGGUGACGAGUUUGGAGGAACAGCUGCUGCAGCUUCGUGCUGAUCUUGAGCGUCAAGGUCGUGAUUAUCAGAUGCUGCUGGACAUUAAGACCCGACUGGAGCUGGAGAUUGCUGAGUACAGCAGACUGCUGGACUUGGGGGGCAGCAGAAGCAGUGCUUCUGUUUUUGCUGAGAAGAGCAAGCAAUCAAUCAAGAUCUCUACUAGCAAAACGGACACCACAACUAAGGAAGAAGAGAAAAUUGAAGACAAGACUAAUGAGCCUGAGAAACUUGAUCAUUAACCAUUCACUAACCAUUUCAGUCAAGAAAUAAAGAUAAAUUACAACCA